CCACUAGAUGGCGCUACUGGUCCACUGCUCCUCCAUUAAACACGUCCGCGUCCCGCAAACACCAGCAAACUACAGCAUAACAGCCCCCAACAGAUCAGAAUACAUCAGAAUCAUUCAUAAAGUGAGCCGUGCAGCGGUGACGACGUGACGGCGACGCGGAGUUUGCCGCCGUGCGUGCGCGCGCGCGCGCGCGGGCACGGGGGCGGCACAGGAGGAAGCGCAAGUCUCCGAGCCGCAGUGGCCCGAGAAUGGAGAUGCGUGGAGCGAUGGGGAGGACGGCACCAACAUGGAGUGUGGGCUGCUGCAGGCCAUGGCCGAGGAGGACGAGGACAUCAACGUGUACAACGAAGAGACGUUCGGAAUGGGUGUGUGGAUGGUUCCCAUGCGCCCUGAACGCAGCAUUAAUCUCGAUGAAAAUGGGACGACGGGCGACACCAGCAACGGUCUCCCUCCGUUCGAGGAGCCCCCGCCGCCUCCGCCAACACCUACACCCCCGCCCCCGCCCCCAGACCCCCAGCCAGCGCCUCCCCACAGCUCCCCCUUUCCCUCCAGACAGAGGCCGCUCUACCUGCCCCGGGGCUCCCCAGGCCAGUACGGCCGAGGAAGGGGCCGGAGGGGGGCGCUGGGCCGCGGCCUGGUGUUUGAGGACCCAGCUGUGAUGAGGAUCGUGGAGGGACGACCCAGCCUCAAGAGUCUUGACAGUGCCAUAGUGGACUAUGGGAACACCAUGUACCACAAAGCCUAUGACCAUUAUUGGACGUCGCCAACCUACAGGAAGACCAGAAGGACCUCAGGAUCAAUACUUCAGGACAGCGCCAUCGUGUGUGUGAUUGACGGCCACCGAGGCCGAGGUCAGCACCUGGCCAACUUUGUGGAGGUGCCGUAUCCUGGCUCUCCAUUCAGAGGUAGACGAGGGGAACCCAGAGGACCCUACUCCAGGAGAUUGUUUGGCCAAAGGAGCCCUGCUCAGAUGCAUGCACCCGUCAUUCCGGGAUCACCCAUGUUUUCCCGUCAGCCACUGACCCAACGGCAGCCUUACAACCAGACCGGGGCCUUCAUGUUCCCGUUGAACCGACCGUGCCCCUCCACGCCUCAGUCUCUGACUCCCAAGAUGAUGCAGCUUCGCUUUGGCGCCAACUCUCCACGACCGUCCCCCUUUUAUAGCCCCUCGUCCAAUCCGGUGCAGCCUUUCAGGUACCCAGGUCCUGUCACUCAGCUUCACCCUCAGCAUAAACGGCUACUCAGUCAAAAACAACACGUUUUCCAAAGGAAAGCAGAGGGCUGGGAUCCAUACUGUAAUCUCAUGACGGCCAAGGAGAAGGAGUGGAUCAUCAGGCUGCAGAUGAUUCAGCUGCAAAGUGAGAAUCCGUACCUGGAGGACUACUAUUACCAGGAGUACUAUCGGCGCAUCGAGGCCAAGAUGGCCGAGGAAGAGCUGGGCAUCAGGAGCAAGAGGGAGCCGCCCAAGCUCACCACGCCGUACAUCAUGAAGACGGAGUCGUACACGCCAGUGGUGCAUAUCGAAGGUUCCUUGGGUCAGGUUGCAGUGUCCACAUGUUACUCUCCUCGGCGUGCCAUCAGCGCAGUGCAUGCGGUUCAAGCUCAUAGUCCGGUUGAGGAACAGAAAGACACCAGACAACAGCGGUUAGAGGUUCUUAGCAAAAUAGAAAAGCUGUUCAUGGUUCUGCUGGAGGUGGAGGAAACGGAGCGGCUGAAAACGACAGUCCUGUCUGAACCAGAAGAAAGGAGGCUGAUGGAGAAGACCCAGAGGAAAGUGGAGCACGUCUACUCCCAGCUGAAGCACCACGAUCCCCUAGAGGAAUUUAUGCCCUUCCUGCUGCUCCCAAAAGGCAAAAAGCUGAUUGCGCGUCUGCUUCCGUUCCUAAAACUCGAUUCAGCGCUGGCCGUCUUGCACGUUGUCACCUCCAACCUGCUCACGCUGAUGAGCAGAGACGCAGAUGAGGCCCUUCCAGUUCUCUACCCUUCUCUCCGAAACGUGAUUGGAGGCCUGACGUUCAGUCAGCUCAUCGAGGUCCUGAAAACCCUGACGCCGCCCGAGUCUGUGUCCACGUACGAGUCUCUCACACAGAUAUGUCAGAACAAGUUUGGACUGUCCCUGCUGUAUGCGCUCCUAUCGCAUGGAGAGAAGCUGCUGUCCUCGGGCGUUCCUCUGGAGCCCAGCAUCGGUGACUUUGAAACCUGGACCGACACAAUAUUCCAGGUGGCAGGACAGCUUUCCCAGUGCUCGCUGGUGGAGCCGCUCCUCCUGCCCUCGAACCUGCUCACUCUCUUCUGCCGAUACCUGGACAAGCGAACCGUUCAUCAGCUGAAGAGCAACAUGGAGUCUGCGACUGGGUGCCUGGCUCUUCCGUCUUAAGCCGGGCAGAAGCCAAUGAGACAUGGAGCUGCUGAUCAGACUGUGGUGAACUAGAGUAAAAGGAGCGGAUGUAAAGCCCUGACGAUCUGAAGGUUCAUCACAAGCUUAUGUAAAAUACUUUAAUUCUUACUCAGCUUUGUCCACUUCCUCGUCCCUUCACAUUUAUGCACUCUUUAACUGUUUCCCUUUUUUUAUUUCAUUUAAAUGAACAUAUCACUUUCCUCCUUUUUGGUUCCUGUAUACUUUACAUGAACUGGCUACUAUGGAAAAACCUGCCUACAUUUAGGAAAAGGAGUUUAUUGUCUCCAACAGUAGUCCUCAGUCUGGGAUGUUUGCAUACCCGCCUGUUUUGGUUUGACAUGAAAACAUAUUGUGGAAGUACAAAAUAUUUAAGUUAAAUGUGUUUGACCAAACAGAGGAUUACAGUAAUUUAUGAUAAAUUAUAAUAAUUUAUAUGUUCAUCAUAAUAACCAUUAAGGAAAUCAUCAAAACAUUGUGUAGUGAUGCUAAAUGUACAUGUACUGUAAAUGAUUUUUCAGUUGUCGAGAUUUUUAUUUGUUAAUUUGGAAACAGGAAUAAUUUAAAUUGCACCCUUGUAGAGCACUUGCAACAUAAAUAAAAAAAAAUCUUUAUCAGA